GAACUCAUCUAGGAAUAUUGCAGUUAUGUAGGACAAAACAGAAAGGUAUGAGUAACAGGGGUGUUUUUGGUGUGCUUUUGUGUAUGCAUGUAUUAUGUAUGCAUGAAUGUGCUUGGGUUUCUAAUCUUGUGGAAAAAAUUAAGGAACCACUCUCUAUUUUUAAACAAAUCUACGUUUUUAAAUCGUGGUUUAAUCGUGGUUCAGCUGGUGGAAGGUGAAGCUGAGCAGCAGGUUGCUUUCAGGUUCAGCACACAAGAACAAUGUGAAACAGGAGUCUGGGAACGACCAGAAACCAGGCAGGUAAAGGGCGGUAGCAACUUCCUAAUGCCAGAGAUGACCGUUAACUUAUCCGAGAGUUUCUCAUGAAUCGAUUGGAUGACCUCAAGUGUCCUUCAAAAGGAAUGGGAAACAUUAUGAGCAUGUAUUUUGGUGUCAGUGUUCAUCUGCUUUUGAUAGUCUUGAUUCAGUGAUUGGGAAUAUGAUGUGAUUUAGCACAUUAGAAUGAUAUCCCGAUUAAGACAGGAAUUCAAACGAGUGCAGGUAUAUGUAUUUCUUUUUAUGUAAGAAUAUGUGUCUUUACAUGUAUUGAUUGAUAUAUUGACUAGGGAUCUCAAACACAGACGUUCAACCAUCUUGCGAAAAAUUAUAUCAGAUACUGUACAAUGAUAAAAUACAUGACCAAAUACAAAAAUGCAAAACACACUGGGGCGGCAUGGUGGUGCAGUGGUUAGCACUGUUGCCUCACACCUCUGGGACCCGGGUUUGAGUCUCCGCCUGGGUCACAUGUGUGCAGAGUAUGCAUGUUCUCCCCAUGUCGUCGUGGGGUUUCCUCCGGGUACUCCGGUUUCCCACCACAGUCCAAAAUCAUGCUGAGGCUAAUUGGAGUUAUUAAAUUGCCCAUGUGUGAGUGACUGGUGUGUGAGUGUGCCCUGCGAUGGGCUGGCCCCCCAUCCUGGGUUGUUCCCUGCCUCGUACCCAUUGCUUCCGGGAUAGGCUCCGGACCCCCCGGGACCCAGUAGGAUAAGCGGUUUGGAAAAUGGAUGAAUGGAUAGAACAGUCUUUAUCCAAACAGCAGAACAAUUAGCAAACCCGCGAACAGAUGGUAUUUGUUGUUCAGUUACAUAGGAAAUAGAUUGGCAAUCUCACUGUUUAUUUUUCUCUUUCGUUUAAAUUCAGUUUUGUAUUUUGUAUUUGUGGCCACAUCUUCUCGGUUUGCUUACUGUUUGUUUUGAAAUCUGUGCAUCUGUUGACUCACUUUCUCUCUCACCUCAACAAGUUAUCCUGUCUGAAAUGAUAUUUUACGAAAAUGCUCAUUGUCAUCAUACAUCUCUCUCUUUCUCUUAGAGAACGCCAAUGGCACAGAACAACACUGCCUUCCCCCCUUCCUUACUCUCGUCCCCCUUCCACAAUGCCACAGGUGGGCAGGACAUAUUGGGGAAUGUGCCCACUGCUUUGGGGGCUCUCAUCCUGGUUCUGGCCUUUCUCCUCGGCUGCCCUGGAAACCUCUUUGUUAUAUGGAGCAUCCUUGCACGUGGCCAGAAACGCUCUGUUCCCACCCUCCUCUUUCUACACCUAGCCUGUGCUGACAGCUUUCUGAUGGCGCUCACACCAUUCUUUGCCGCCUACCUGGCGAAGCGUUCGUGGGAGUUUGGCAGCAUUAUGUGCAAGGGGCUGUUCUACCUGUGCAGCACCAACAUGUACGCUUCCAUCCUCCUAAUCUCACUCAUGAGCCUGUACCGACUGGUGGCGGUCAUUUGGCCCCAGCGUCUGAGCGCCAUCACGGGCUGGAGGACUGUACUGUGGGUUUUAGCAGGACUCUGGAUGCUGGUGCUGCUCUUGUCUUCCCCUGUCUUGAUAUUCCGACAGAACAGUGAGACUGAAGACAAUGGAAGUCGACGUAUAGCUUGCACCACUAAUCACACCCUUCCGCAGCAUGUUAUUUUCCACUACACCUUAGAGACACUGCUGGGAUUUCUACUGCCCUAUGGGGUGAUUGUGACCAACUACGUGUGCAUUCUGCGGCGAAUACGACAAACUAGAUUCCGCCGCAAGAUACGCAGUGAGAGGCUAAUCUUGGCAAUUGUGGUGAUUUUUGCAAUCUUCUGGCUCCCAUAUCACAUUAUCAACGUGGUGCAGAUAGCAGCUGUUCUGUGUCCAGUUUCUUCCCCCCUAAAAGCCAGGUUGGAUGUCAUUUGGCAGUCAAGCCGCACAGUCACAUCCGCCCUGGCCUUCAUCAGCAGCUGCGUGAACCCCGUGCUCUACUUCAUUGCCGGCAAGGCUUACAUCCAGAAAGCAGGCUUGGGUUUCAUGGUGCAGCUGUUUGAGAGCACCGAUUCGAGCAUCAAGAGAAGCCGGAAAAUCAGCCAGGAUACCCAGGAACAGGGGGGAGACAGGCAAAGUCUCUAGGAGAUAGAGUGCUUGGUCAAUGCAAAUGUGAAGGUUAAGCAAUAGCAGAAACGCCACUGCGAUGCUACUUAACAGUUUCUUAAAACAUCGUUUUUUUCCAUAGCCCCUUAUCAGUUUUCAGUUAUCGCUUAAUUUUUUUUUGUGGCCUACUCACCACAAUCCAUCCAAUAACAUGUGGAUGACUUGCAGCUAUUUUUCACCAUAGCCUGGUACGUUGUAGAUUCCACAGCUCAUAAUGGAACAAAUUAUCAAGAGGCUUGUUUACCUGAACAGGAAGAGCAUUUGUGCUAAUCAGAGACUGUAAGAUGCUCAGUAGAGGACUACACACAGGAACAGAACUUACUAUGAGAUUUGGCCAGAAAGCUGGCUUGUCUAUAUUAGC